UUUCAACAUUUGAACAAUUGAAGGAAAUUAACAUGUGAAAUGGACCGUUUACCCCUCCCCUGUGUUCAGCCUUACAUCUCACGUCACCUUCGCUCUGUUUUUCUUCCCUCGAGCCUCACAGCAUCAUACGACAUCGUUUACCGCCCUCGUCCCUCACAGCAUCAUGCAUUCAUGCGACGUCGUUCAUCCUCCUCUCCAUUUAAAUACUCACAUUCUCGCAACGCCCCUCUCUCUCUCUCUCUCUCUAAGAUACGCAGUCUACGUACUCCAACAGUCCAACGGCAUCUUCGGUCCAAGCAGUUUUUUGCACGACCCCCCCCCCCCCUCUCUCAGUUCUAUUCUCAUUCUCCCUCUCCCUCUCCCUCUCAUGGCGACAAUAGCAACGCGAGCUCUGAACCCGAACCCGAAUUCGAAUCCGGAUCCAAAGCCCAUGCGAGCGUGCUGCUUCUCCUUCGCUGCCUACGCCAAGACUCUCAUCGGUCACCUCCGCUCCUGCGGCGUUCCAGUGGCGCACGGCCUCUCCGACGACGAAUUCUCCGCCAUUGAAUCCUCUCUUAACUUCACCUUCCCUCCCGACCUCCGUUCCAUCCUCCGCGAAGGCCUUCCCCUCUCCCCCGGCUUCCCCAACUGGCGCGCUGCCUCACCCCACCACCUCCGCCUCCUCACCGCCCUCCCCGUCUUCGGACUCUCCCAAGAAAUUUCCCGCGCCGACUUCUGGAUCAACUCCUGGGGCGAUCGCCCCGACAAUGCCGAGAAAGCCCUUCUCCUAGCAAACCCCUUCUUGAGCAAAGCCCCAAUUCUAGUCCCCAUUUACCGUCGAUUUUACAUCCCGUCGACUCCCAUCGCCGCCGGCAACCCCGUGUUCUUCGUCCACGGCGGCGACGUCAGGUUAUCGAGCUUCGACCUCGCCGGGUUCUUCCAAAACAAUGAUUUCCGGCUGCCGAAUUCGUUGCCUGUGACGAAGACGGAGACGCCGGCACCGGCGUGGGCGGCCAAGGCCCCGCGGACGAUCGACUUCUGGACGGAGGUGGCGGAGAGGGGGAAGGGGGUCGCGCGUGGGUUCACGUACGGAGGAUGGUGGAGUGGGAAUCUCGGGGGGUGCCUGGAGGAGGUGUUUUGGAGGCUGAGAGACGGAGGGUGGAAGGAGGAGGAGGUGAGGGAGAUGAUGAUGAUGGACGGCGCGGAUGAGGAGGCGGAGAAGCCGAGGGAGGAGGCGACGGGGUACCGAGAGAGGGUGGGGGUGUGGUGUCACGUGCAGCGGAUGUCGUUCAAGCUGCUAAGCGCCGGGUGGAGCGCGGAGGACGUGGGCUACUCGCUGGGUUUCGAGGACGGAAGCUUCGUUACGGCGCAAGGGGAGCCCUGGGCUGCGUUUCAACGUCCGGACAGCUGUUCUCAGGAGAUGUAUUAAGGGGGGAAUAUGAAAUUCUUAGAUUUGAUAGGGUGAAAACUUCAAAUUUUCCAAAAUAUGUUGGGCCCACAUUGCAAAUCCCGGGCCCAUCACUGGCUCCCACGUCAUCUUGGCUCGGUCAUCACAUAGAAUAGGAAUGUAUCAUUUCUUUUAUUUGUACAUUUUUUUUAAUAGAUCAUAGAUGACAGCAAUUACAGUCCAUGGAAUUUUUAUACCAA